AUGUGUGACUUCGAAAGCCCGGUUGUUCUUGACGAGCUUGCUACUGCGGCCACACCUUCGGCAACCACUCCUCCUCCAGCCUCUGCGCAAGCCGCCAGUCUGAGCGUCCCGCAGCCAUCGCCGUCCGUAUCGUCGCCUUCUCAGACGCAGGCGACGUCCAUGGCCUCUCAGCCUCAACCUAAUGGCGCCUCUCCCGAGCCAGACACGUCGAGGCCUGUGGACAGGCUACUGGAGUUGCGGCUCCUUCAUCAGUACACCACCAGCACAUGCAAAACGCUGCUUACGAACUCGCCCGCCACGCAUGAUAUUUGGCAAAAGGCUGUGCCUGAUAUGGCCUUUCGAGGCAAGACGUACUUGGCCGACGCCAUGCUCUCUGUGGCAGCUCUGCAUCUGCGAUCACAGGAGCCCACCGACAAAGCCCUGGUCCAGGCAUCCCAUGCGUAUGCUGCGUCGGCACUGGCGGCAUAUGUUGAAACGCUGAACAACGGCAUCACGGCCGACAAUGCAGAGGCUCUCUUCUUGACUGCUUCGCUCAUUGCUUUCCAGGCUACCGCACAGCGAAUUUUCAUCAAGGAUGACACGGAAACGACUAGCAACGAUGGAGCCAGUCGAUACACUACGCCCAUGGCUUGGUUCCAUGCAUUCCAGGGCGUCAAGACUGUUGUUGCAACAUCUUGGCAGUGGAUACGCAAUAGCAACAUCGUUCAAGCUGUCAUUGACUCGCAGCCAAGCUUUCAACUAGAUUUAAACCCGCUCGGUCCCAAUUCCUUUUUUGGCCAUCUUCUCGAGGGUCUUGACGACGAGCUCGCGAAUGAAAGCAAAGACAAGGUCAACGCCACCAGUCAGGGCUACUUCCACGCCGUCAGUGUUCUGAAUUGGGCACACAAGAAUCCCUUCCCCCCUGCUGCGCUGGCCUUUCCCGCCAGUGUAUCCCGAAGAUUCGUCGAGGUCGUCGACGAGAAACGCCCCCGGUCUCUCGCCAUCCUAGCUUGCUUCUUUGCGCUUCUCAAGCGCAUGGAUAGUGUGUGGUGGCUCGAGGACGUUACGCGCCGCGAGGUCAUGGGCCUCGUGAGCCUGUUUGAAUCGGGUUCUCCAUGGUGGAGGCAUCUGGAGUGGCCAGUGCGCAUAGCUCUUUGGAAUGGAGGGACCAUAACAUCUGACGUUUGGGGCGUGGAUUAUGAAAAGGAAGCCGAGUCGAACACGGGAAACGGCGAUACCAUGGUUAGCCAUAUUGAAUUAUUCUCCCGGUUGACGAGCAAUCCGCAAGCAACUUCGUCCAUGUCGGCACAGGCCGAACUGGAACUCAUGGCCGUGCCUCUUGAUUAG